AUGGGAGGCGGCCCCGAAAAGGAACACCUCCUCAUCGUCCUGUGGCAGCCCGAGCCCAAGGAUGUCACGGCCGAGAUUCAGCGGCGAUUCCCGCAUUUUGAGAUUAAAUACUUUCAACAACUUCCCCCCGAAGGAGGGCAGAUUGUGGAUAAGAGGGAGCAGGUUCCGCAGGAGCUAUGGCAAUGGGCCACCAUCCUGAUCACCCUGUCAUCCCUCCCCGCGCGAGCCGAAGAUGCUCCAAACCUCAAACUCAUCCACCUCUUCAUGGCCGGCGUCGACCACUACAGCAACCAUCCCAUCGUCACCGACAGCGACAUCCCCAUCACCUCGUCCUCGGGCAUCCACGGGCCCCCGAUCGCCGAGUGGAUCGUCAUGACCACCCUCGUCCUCAGCAGGCGCUACGCCACCGAGUACGAGUGGCAGAAGCAGCAUCACUGGGGCACCGGUCGGGAGAUGUUGAUUGAUGGCACGGAUUGGGUGGGCAAGACGGUCGGGAUUGCCGGGUACGGGAGUAUCGGGCGUCAAGUGGAAAGGUGUAUCGAGCCUUCAGCUGAUAUUCUCGGUGGGGGGGGGGGAACAGCCGCCCGUGUCUUCAAGGCUCUUGGAUCGAAUAUCCACGCCUACACGGCGGGUGCGCGCGCAACACCCGUAGUGAGGAAUAAAAGGCCCCUCCUCCCCGCCCUAAAGUUCCCGGAAAGGCCACUACUAAUACACGCCUUGGCCCAUGGGUCAUGGGCACGAGGAAAAGAAUCGAGAAGGGACAACGGCUACAUCGUCCCCGGCACGGGCGACCCAGACGGCACGGUCCCGCGGGCGUGGUACUCCGGGACGACGAAGGAAUCGCUGCACGCGUUCCUGUCGUCGGGGCUGGACGCGCUGGUCAUCGCUCUCCCACUGACGCCCUCGACACGCCACCUCUUUUCGACGCGCGAAUUCGAGAUCCUCGCCAACACGACCCACGCCGCCGACGGCACGCCCAAGAAAUCCCGCUCGGCCUACCUCAUCAACAUCGCCCGCGGCCCCCUGGUCGACCAGCCCGCGCUCAAGGCCGCGCUCGACAACGGCGUCCUCCUCGGCGCGGCCCUCGAUGUCACGGACCCGGAACCCCUCCCCGCUGACGACCCCCUGUGGGACGCGAAGAACGUCAUCAUCACGCCGCACAUCAGCGGGCACGGCACGGAGUACGCGCUGCGUGCGUACGACGUCUUCAUGGUCAAUUGGGCGCGGCACGAGAGGGGCGAGAAAAUGUUCAACCUGCUCGAUCGGCACAAGGGGUAUUGA